GAAUUCUCCCAAUCGGCAAUCGGUAUUGUUCCGCGGCUGGAUGCGCUUGUAUUGCGAGCGAGUUAUACUUUUAGAUCAAAUAGUUUCAUUUACGUGUAUUUAUAUGAUUGUUUUGGGACUUUGAUUACUCGUAUAAUGCUGGUCACCGCUCGUGGGAUUAAAGCUGAGUAAUGAAUAAAAUGCGUGCGCUACGUCAGCUACGCUGCCGGCUGCCUUCCACGCGGCUGCUGGCGCUGUUGCUGAUCGUGCUGGCCUGCGUGAUCUACUGCUUCUACUACAACGUGUCGCCGAUCAGCUAUCCCAAGCCAAGCAAAAAUGCUGUCAGUGACAAUACCGGACUCGGCGAAGUCGCCUACCAGCGGAAAUCUCCGAACCGAGAACAACUUGGUCCACAGGAAUUGGAGCAAUGCCCGCUGGUGCGCGAGAUGGAAGCCGACAUAGACACCCAGGUCCUGUACCCGUCUUUCGAGUUUCAGCCCAGCUGGUUGCGGUCGAAAGAGUUCUGGGACAAAAAGUUCGAGGAUCGCUACGAGCUGCUGCGGAUGGAUCGCCAACGCCUGAAGCUCAAGGUGAUCGUGGUGCCGCACUCGCACAACGACCCCGGCUGGCUCAAGACGUUCGAGCAGUACUUCGAGACCAAGACCAACCACAUCAUCAACAAUAUCGUGCACAAGUUGAACCAGCACCUCAACAUGACCUUCAUCUGGUCGGAGAUAUCCUUCCUGCACGCAUGGUGGGAGCGCGCGCACCCGGUCAAACGCAAAUCCUUCAAGAAGCUUGUCAUUGAUGGACGGCUCGAGAUCACCGCCGGCGGCUGGGUCAUGCCGGACGAGGCGUGCACUCACAUCUACGCUCUCGUCGACCAGUUCAUUGAAGGCCACAACUGGGUGAUGACUAACCUGGGGGUAGCCCCCAAGACGGGCUGGUCCAUAGAUCCGUUCGGCCACGGCCCCACCGUGCCGCACCUUCUGGAGCAGAGCGGGCUGGAGGGCACCAUCAUACAGCGGAUCCACUACGCCUGGAAGCAGUGGCUCGCGCAGCGCCAGAUCGAGGAGUUCUACUGGGUCACCGGCUGGGAGCACGAAGAGCCCUCCAUGAUAGUCCACAACAUGCCCUUCGACAUCUACUCGAUCAAGUCGACGUGCGGCCCGCACCCCGCCGUGUGCGUCGGCUUCGACUUCCGCAAGAUCCCCGGCGAGUACACCGAGUACACCGCCAAGUACGAGGAGAUCACCGAGCGCAACUUGCCGGGCAAGGCGCGCGCGCUCGUGGAGCAGUACCGGCGCAUCGGCUCGCUCACGCCGCACAACGUGGUGCUGGUCCCGCUGGGCGACGACUUCCGCUACGAGCACGGCGUCGAGUUCGACGCGCAGUACGCCAACUACAUGAAGAUGUUCGCCUACAUCAACAGCCACAGCGACCUGCACGCCGAAGUCUCCUUCGGCACCCCGGCCGACUACUUCACCGCUGUCCGCGAGCGGCACAACGACGUACCGACGCUCAAGGGCGACUUCUUCGUCUACUCCGACAUCUUCAGCGAGGGCAAGCCCGCCUACUGGUCUGGGUACUACACCACGCGGCCCUACCUCAAGAUCCUGGCGCGCCAGUUCGAGCACCAGUUGCGCAGCGCCGAGAUCCUCUUCACGCUGGCGUGGAACAGUCUCGCACAAGGCGGCCACGACGGCGAAACGUGCCGCCGCCGGUUGGACAAGUCCUAUGAGCAGUUGGUGGCCGCGCGCAGGAGCCUGGGGCUCUUCCAGCACCACGAUGCCAUCACCGGCACAUCCAAGGCCAACGUCAUGAGCGAUUACGGAACCAAAAUCAUUACGAGCGUCUACCACUGUGUUCGUCUCCAGGAGACCGCGCUCGGCGCUCUCAUGCUGCCGGAGCACGCGCACGCGCCGCAGGGCGUGCUGCAGAGCGAGACGGAGUGGGAGGCGUACGGGGAGCCGCCGCGCCGCCUGCGCGUGUCGCUCGUCGACAGGAAGAGAGUAGUCGUGUUCAACUCGCUCGCCGAGGAACGCGUCGAGGUGGUGACGCUGCGUUCCAACACGACCGACGUCCGAGUGUUCGACACGCGCCGACGCGAAUACGUGCCGUCGCAGGUGGCACCCAUCGUGGACGUGCGCGAGGACGGGCGACGCGUGCUCAGCGAUCUGGAAUUCGAGGUGGCGUUUGUCGCCACUCUGCCGCCGCUGGCUGCCGUGACCUUCGCGCUGGAGGAGCACGUCGACACGUCGCGCCUCUGCGCCGUGUACUGCGACGGUUGCGACGCACGCUCUGACGGCAAGCCGCACCGCUACCCCGUGCAGAAGAUGAAACCCGGCGAUGUGCAAAUCGAGAACUCGGCGCUGAAGCUGCUGGUCGACCGCAACAGCGGCCUGCUGCGACAGGUGCAACGCAAGGACUCGCGUCACAGGAACGUCGUCGAGGUGCAGUUUGGCGCGUACCGCAGCGCGCAGCGGCACUCGGGCGCCUACCUGUUCAUGCCGGAUUACGACGACCCCGAGCGCGAGGACGUGCUGGCCGAGUACACCAGCGGACGCGCGGACGAACGUAUCAUAAUACUGGCGGGGCCCGUGUUCACCGAGAUCUCCACCGCGUACCUGCCCUUCCUCGUGCACACCGUGCGACUGUACUCCGUACCGGGCACGCCGCUCGAGCGCGGCGUGCAGAUAGAGAACCUCGUCGACUUCGAGAGCCCGCCCAAGAACCGCGAGACCGAACUGUUCAUGCGCGUGCAAACCGACCUGCAGAACGGUGAGGUGCCAGAGUUCUACACCGACCAGAACGGCUUCCACUACCAGAAGAGAGUGAAGGUGGGCAAGCUGGGCGUGGAGGCCAACUACUACCCGCUGACGACGAUGGCGUGGCUGCAGGACGAGCGCACGCGGCUGACGUACGUGACGGACCACGCGCAGGGCGCGGCGGCCUACGAGCCCGGCCGCCUGGAGGUGAUGCUGGACCGGCGCACGCUGUACGACGACCACCGCGGCGUGGGCGAGGGCGUGGUGGACAACAAGCCGACGCUGCUGCGCAACUGGCUGCUGCUGGAGCCGCUGGCGCCCGCGCCCGAGCCCGCCUACGAGCUGCCGUCGCGCACGGCGGAGCGCCUCAGCCGCGCGCUCAACUACCCCGCGGGCGUGUUUCUGGUGGACUCCGGCGAGGGCGAGGUGGCGGUGCGCUCGCACGGCGCGUUCUCCCGCGGCUUCCCGCCGGCGCUGCACGUGCUCAACCUGCGCACGGUGUCCGAGGACGCGCCGGAGCAGGCGCCGAGUCGCGAAGCUUACCUGGUGCUGCACCGACCCGGCACCAGCUGCUCCGUGGGCGACGCGAGCGGUGCCUCCUCGCGCUUCACGGCGGACAGCGCGUUCGGGAACCUGCGCCUCGCCAACGUGACCGCCGUGAGCCUCACCGGCCUGCGCCGGCGCAAGUCGCUGGCGGGCCUGCGGGACAUCGAACUGAAGCCGAUGGAACUGAAGACUUACAGGAUCCGAUUCUAAACAACACGAUCGAUCGCAUGUAACAGAUUUAUAUGUAUAUUUAUUCAACGGUUUACCAUUUUAGGAAACUGCGUAGACGCUCAAUUAGAGUGUCAUUAGUGAUAGGGGCCUGAAAUAGCCGAACUUUUCUCUAGUAAAACCGAAAUUGUGGUUUUUUAAAAAAGUAUUUUAUAAGCGAUCUAAUCGCGUAAAAGCUAAUGAAGCUUCGCUUUGGCGCGCGUUUACGCAGUAUCGCUACGACUGAAUGCACUCAAAUUAAAAUGUAAUUCCCGUACUCGUAGGAAAAGUGGAAACCGGAAGGGCUUUUCAGACUAUUUUAUGCUGUAAUAGUCAUACAUACAUUUAAUAUGUAUGAUAUAAAUUUUCAAAAUGAUGUGUAAAACAAUAUAUCGAUCUAUAUAUAUUCUUAGAGAUAUCCAAUCCGACUCUUAAAUACAUCGAAAUAGGAGCUCCUUUUGAAGUACUAUCGCCACACAUAUUUAAUAAGCAGAAUCGUCGUGGUUCACUGUAAGGUAGAUACCUUAUUAGUGCGUCUCUUUGCGUCGUCACAGUGCAAGAGCAUGCACACAAAUGAAACCUGUCCAAUCCCGGGUUGGCUGGCUGGAUUGAGGAUUUCUUAAUUGAUCCAGGUCUGGCUGGUGGGAGGCUUCGUCGUACCGCCAAGCAAUUUAGUGUUCCGGUACGAUGUGUAGAAACCGAAAGGGGUUGUGGAUUUUCAUCCUCCUACUAACAAGUUAGCCCGCUUCCGUCUUAGGUUGCAUCAUCACUCACCAUCAGGUGAGAUUGUAGGCUUGCUUUAAAAAUUAAAAAAAAAAAACAAUUCGAACACUGUCUGUCGUAGCAACGGAGCUCCGUUGCAACAUCGCUGCGACGAUGCAACGCAUUAAUGUGGCAUGUCAUUAUGUCGUGUCAACGCCCCGUUCACUUGCGAAUAACGUAUCCGCGCGCCAAACACUGUUAACGUAAUAAAAUGACAAUUAUUCGCUUCAACAUUAACAAAGCGAUAGAAAGAAACAAAAAACUGAAAAAUACAAAAAUAUAUUUAAAAUCUACUAAGUUCAAAAUUUUGUAUGCGAUUUACAAAACUUAGCGUAUUAUGUACGUAAUAUCUUAUCCCUUUUUCAAAAGGACGUUUCUUUUCGAGACAGCAUUACGUAUCUGCCUCAGGACCAAAAUAUUACUGACGUGACGAAUUUCAAUAACGACAAACUAGUAGAAUCUCUUAUAGUAAUAGGGAUUCUUUUUUUAUUAGAAAUAGAGCUACAAUAAUAAAGGUUUAAGUUACUUAUUGAUCUCAAUGCGUUACGGUCGAGUGUAUGUCGGUAUAAGCAUCGAGUAAGUUAAGAUUUAAUCGCUUAAAAUAUAUUCAGUUGUAUGUUUGAUGAAUACAAGUAUAGACCCCGGCAAGUAAGUUGAACCAAAUGGCUGUUCCAUAACCACGGACCAUCUGCUCAGGUACAAAAAAUCAAAAUAAACAAAAAACAAUACGGUGGAACAACCGCAACUGAAAUGUGUGUUUGUUACAUCAAAGGUUGCAGCAAUCACAGCUGAAAUGUGUGUUUGUUACAUCAAAGGUUGCAGCAAUCACAGCUGAAAUGUGUGUUUGUUACAUCAAAGGUUGCAGCAAUCACAGCUGAAAUGUGUGUUUGUUACAUCAAAGGUUGCAGCAAUCACAGCUGAAAUGUGUGUUUGUUACAUCAAAGGUUGCAGCAAUCACAGCUGAAAUGUGUGUUUGUUACAUCAAAGGUUGCAGCAAUCACAGCUGAAAUGUGUGUUUGUUACAUCAAAGGUUGCAGCAAUCACAGCUGAAACGUGUGUUUGUUACAUCAAAGGUUGCAGCAAUCACAGCUGAAAUGUGUGUUUGUUACAUCAAAGGUUGCAGCAAUCACAGCUGAAAUGUGUGUUUGUUACAUCAAAGGUUGCAGCAAUCACAGCUGAAAUGUGUGUUUGUUACAUCAAAGGUUGCAGCAAUCACAGCUGAAACGUGUGUUUGUUACAUCAAAGGUUGCAGCAAUCACAGCUGAAAUGUGUGUUUGUUACAUCAAAGGUUGCAGCAAUCACAGCUGAAACGUGUGUUUGUUACAUCAAAGGUUGCAGCAAUCACAGCUAAAAUGUAUGUGAUUUUUACAUCAAAGGUUGCAGCAAUCACAGCUAAAAUGUGUGUGAUGUUGUUAUUGUGAUCAAUCAUAUCUUAUAUGUUUGUUACAUCAAUGGCUGCAGCAAUUACAGCAGAAAUGAUAAGCAAUGUAAAGUUACUUUUUAUGAUUAAUUAUAUAUUAUUGUAAUAUUAAUUUAAAAUUUAGUUUAUUAUCAUUAGAUUAUAUAUUUUUAAAAGUUUAUAAUAUUGUAUAUAUAUGUACAUAAAACUUAAGCCGGUGGUCAAGGCUCCUGAGCGAGGAGCCUCGUCUCAAUACACGUCGUUUCAUGGACUACCUUCGGUAUAAGUAUUCACCAUUAGUAGGAUAAAUACACCCAGUGAGAAAAGACGAUCUUUCAUAAUACGGUAGUUUCUCGACGUGAUGACUUUAUCCAUAAUUUCACCAACAAAUCCCUCGGUUUUCCCAAAGAGGUCACCAAAUCGCUACCAAGUUCUCGACAUUCCACAAGAAAUCACGUUCUCCUUAAAUGGAGAUAUCUACGUCAUGGCGAACGCAGGUUGUGCAUUAUGACGUCAACACAGUUAGGUCGACGGGGUUAACCCGGAAAAUGCUUCCUUGCCCGGUUGCGUCACGGGGGAUCUGGUUUCCCCGGUACUUCUUUCAAACCGCUCCCAGGGUUGAGGCCUUUUUAUCGGUCCCCCGCGGACUGCGAUUCCUCGCUAUCCUGCGUCGGGGCUGUGUCGAGUUCGGUAUUGUUAACAUGCCAUAACACAUUCAUAGCACAUUAUGUAGGGCGCCAACGUUGCUAAAUCCCAACUUAUUUGAAGUUAGUAAAGUUCCUAAUUUAGGCGUAGGCUCAGUAUAAUCGGAGGAAGUACACAGCACGUCGCCUCGCGUGCGCUUGCGUGCCGCGGCGUGUACGCUUGUUCGCCCAGCACCGCGCGCGUGCGCUGCAUGGGCGCGGCGCUCCCUCGGCGUGCAACGUUCCUUGGGCCCUUACGCCGCGACGACGCUUCGCUGCACGUAGUGAUGACUGCUCUGUACGACCCUCCCCACCCAAGACAUCAAAUCCCAAAAUAGUUGCGACAGUUGUCGGUUUAAAUAUAGAAUCCUCAAUAUCUCCACGGCAAGGCGGACUCACACAAAGGUCGUAGGGGUUCGAUAACAACCCCCCCCCCCCCAUUCAUUGGUCAUAAAAAAGAUAUUAUGGCAAAUAGUAUAAAUUAUUAUUAGUUAAGAAUUUUACAUUUACGGUUUUUUUGUUAAUUAACUCCAAAGAAAUUUAUUUUUAAGCUUUCAUCACGCGGUACGGUACAUUUUAUAGGUGAUAGUUUAAGUUCAAAGGUUUUAGAGAUAUAGUUUCGGGAGUUUAUUAUUUUAAAAUUAAUAAGAAUUUGGUACAAAGAUAAGUUCACUGAACGAUAAAAACACAGAGCAAACUAGCACACAUUGUAACAAUUAAUAAUAUUAAUUGGUAAAAUGUGUGCUUGUUUUAAAUGUAUCAAACCUGUAUAGUGCAUAUCACAUUCAUAUGUUACGUCACAAUUAACAAUGUGGAUGUUUUUGAACCUUAAAGCUAUACUCCGACAACUACAAAAUAACAAAGAAUGGUGAGCUUAUCACCAUUGUACAUUGUGAUUACAUACUUUAGGCUUAGUUUGUUUAAUUUAUAUUUAUUGAUUAAUUAUAAUUGUAUCCUAUAAAAAUCUCAUUUGUGAAUGUGUUUUUGUUUUUAUUCCAUAAUUUAAUUGUAGACCGUAAUAUAUAAGGACUCAGAGUAUAUUAAUGUAGUACAAAUUAUACAAGUAUAUCUUUCAGCAAUGUAAUAAAUGAAGUCAAUCUGCACCCCGAGUGACGUAGUGACCGAAUGAUCUACAUGCACAACUUAAUAAUAUUAUGAUUCACUACUGCAACACUAACUGUUAUUUUCAAUUCAUAAUAUAACCACUGUUAUAUAAAACCGACACAUUGUAUAUAUUUUACUAUAAUAAUAAUUUAAAUAUAUUUUGAGUUGCAUUUUGUGAUAAAUCACUGUUGUAAAAAUUAAUAAUAUUAACUAUUGUAUUGUAUAGGUGACUGGUAGCCGACAACAUCACAGAUGCCAAGCACUCGACAGUUCCAUGCUAUAGCUUGGCAAAUUCGUUCGUAACACUGCCUAUGGUCCGCGGAGGCCGGGGGGAUGUGUUUGCGAUGCCCUCGCAUACCCGCACACUCAACUUCACAGUCCUGUCCCCCUGUCGCCCGCUUAUCAUGGGAGUGUCUAAUUUGCCAAGCUCCAGUCAUCUAUGCGCAUAACAUCUGACCGACAAUAUGUCAGUCCCGAGGCGAAUACUGUACUCAUUUACUGCGUUAUGUAUUAUUUAAGUUUAAUGUAUAGGGAGGUGACGGAGAUGCGUUCGGUUAUUUAAUAAAUAAUAAUAAUGUACAUGUUUUAUGUUCGAGAAAUAAAUGUGUAGUUGAAAAUAAAAGCAUUGAGAAUA